AUGGAGGAAGUUGAACAAGCUAGUAGAACAGCUGUUGAAAGCUGUCAUAGAGUUCUGAGUAUGUUAUCUCAACCAAGAGAUCAAGUUCAUCAUAAGAAUUUAAUGGUGGAAACUGGUGAAGCUGUGAAUAGGUUCAAGAAAGUUGUGUCUUUGCUUCAUGAUGGAAUGGGUCAUGCAAGAGUUAGGAAGUUUAGAAAUCCGAAACAAGUUCCUUUUCCUCAGAAUGUCUUCUUAGACAAUCCCGUUUGCAAGAAACCGAACAACCAUCGCACCAAAAAAGUUCACUUUAGUGAAACUACUUAUCCUGAGAAUUCGGUUCAGGAACUAGCAUUAACCGUGAGAAAUCCAAAUCCAAACACUUCUUUGGAAUUGAGCUCGAAUGGGAAAAGUCCUCUUCCCCUUGCUCAACAAGCUGCGUCGACUCACUCGACUCACUAUCAAUUCUUUCAGCAGCAGCAGCAGCAACAGAGGUUAAUGAUGCAGCAACAACAGCACCAGCAGCAUCAGCAAAUGAAGCAUCAAGCGGAAAUGAUGUUUCGGAGGAACGCUAAUAGCGUAAACCUUAAUUUUGACAACACUACUAGUGGCACACUGACAAUGUCGUCCACUAGGUCUUUCAUUUCGUCGUUGAGCAUAGACGGAAGUGUUGCUAACUUGGAUGGAAGUUCCUUCCAUUUAGUAGGAGCUCCAAUCUCUUCGGAUCAGAAUUCGCAGCAGCACAAGAGAAAAUGUUCUGCUAGAGGCGAUGAGGGAAAUCUGAAAUGUGGCAGCAGCUCUAAAUGCCAUUGCUCUAAGAAGAGGAAGCAUAGAGUGAAGAGAUCAAUCAAGGUGCCUGCUAUUAGCAACAAACUUGCUGAUAUCCCUCCUGAUGAUUACUCGUGGAGGAAGUACGGGCAGAAGCCGAUCAAGGGCUCUCCUCACCCUAGGGGAUAUUACAAGUGCAGCAGCAUGAGAGGAUGCCCGGCUAGGAAGCAUGUCGAGAGGUGUUUGGAAGAGCCGACUAUGCUGAUUGUUACCUAUGAAGGUGAGCAUAAUCAUCCCAAGGUACCAACACAAUCUGCAAAUGCAUGA